UAAGUGACUCUGCUUUGUCCGCUUCUGUCGUCCGGCGCUGGGGAUAAAGCGAUAGACUUGGGAGCUCGGAGACGAAGCCGCCAUGGCCGCAGUUGCUUCCUGCCUCGCUCUUCCUUGCAGCACAAAACCCUUUUCUCUUCGCGCCCACUCCACCGGAACCAGCAACGGCCUCCCUUUCCGCUCCCCGGCCAUCAAAUCUGUUGCCUUCGGUUCGAAUCUCUCCCUUAUCGCAUUCCCCAGAGGGACUAAUGCCUUGACGGCGGUGGAGAGACCCACAUCUUCUCGGAGGUCUGUCGUGUGCGAGGCGGCUCCCAAGAAGAAGGCUGACUCGGCUGCCAAGAGGGCUCGCCAGGCCGAGAAACGUAGGAUUUACAAUAAAGCUCGCAAGUCCGAAAUCAAGACCCGGAUGAAGAAGGUUUUUGAAGCUCUAGACGUGGUGAAAAAGAAAUCUGAUGCCCAAGCUGAAGAAAUUCUUCCAAUUGAGAAACUAAUUGCAGAGGCAUAUUCAGUAAUUGACAAGGCAGUGAAGGUAGGCACGCUGCACCGGAACACGGGGGCUCAUAGGAAGUCCAGGCUUGCUAGGAGGAAGAAAGCUGUGGAGAUCCACCAUGGCUGGUACACACCUGUGGCAGCUGCAUAAUAUUAGCCUUGUUCGUUUGAUAUUAUGAAUGAUGUGAAAUGCUAUGCAUAUUGCAGAUCAAGUUCAUAUGAUUUUUUUUUUAUUAAAAAAAAUCUGUUUGGGGCCCCCUAAUCUUAUCUAGCAGCAGUCUAAUGUAGAUUUAA